CAGUCUUACAGAACAACGUAAUACCUGACAUUCAACAGAGGGCUUUAACGUCUCGAGAUUUCCUUUAUGGUUUCUCACUUGGAGUCGAUCUGCAGCCUGAGCUGUGUGGACGAGAGCCUCGACGGCACGAGCAUGUCGGGCCUCCUCAACCUCAGCAGCCUGGGCAGGAUCUGCGGCUCCAGCCACAGCAAUGAAAUGGUGGUUUUGGACCGGGUCAAGAGGAAGAACUCUGUCAGACGCAUGUCGAUUAUUGAAGACGGGGAAAUCGCAGAGGUUCUCUACCUGAUUCCUAAACAGUCCAUGAUGGAGCAGCUGCCUUUCAUCAACCCCAACGACUACAUCCUGUGUGAGAAGCUGGCCAGUAUACCUGCAGAGAUGUCAGUGCUACAUGCUCAGGGUGGCUGCCACCCGUGUUCUCCAGUGGGGAAGCGGGUCAUCCAGUGCUUGAGGUGUGGGGAGCCGUGCAAAGGAGAGGUGCUGCGAGUCCAGAGCAGCCACUUCCACGUAAAGUGCUUUACCUGCAAGGUGUGCGGCUGUGACCUGGCUCAGAGCGGCUUCUUCAUGAAGAAUGGCGACUACCUCUGCCCGCUGGACUUCCAGAGGCUUCACGGCACGCUCUGUAACAACUGUGGGGAAUUUGUGGAGGGAGAGGUGGUCACAGUCUUGGGGAAGACCUACCACCCAGCCUGCUUUGUGUGCACCGUUUGCAAACAGCCCUUUCCUGCUGGGGAUUGUGUCACCUUCAGUGGAAAGGACUGCCUCUGUCAGCGCUGUAUCCGACCCAUGUCUCCAACUCCUAAUAACAUCCGCUGUUCCAGUAACUGCUCUGGCUGUGGCAGAGACAUCAAGAAUGGCCAGGCUCUGUUGGCGCUGGGUGGCCAGUGGCACCUUGGCUGCUUCAAGUGUAAAGCCUGCAGGAAGGUGCUGAGCGGAGAAUAUAUCAGCAAGGAUGGUGUUCCAUACUGUGAGAGGGACUACCAGAUUCAGUUUGGGGUGCAGUGUGAAGCAUGUCAGAAGUUUAUAACUGGAAAAGUCCUAGAGGCAGGGGAGAAACAUUAUCACCCCAGCUGUGCAAGGUGCAGCCGAUGUUACAAAAUGUUCACAGAAGGUGAAGAAAUGUAUCUGCAAGGAUCAACAGUUUGGCACCCAGACUGCAGAGACAGCAACAGAACUGAGGAAGGUUACAUGGUCGGCAGACCAAAAACACCUUCUCUUGCUUUCUAUUUCCCCCCACAUGAACUGAAGCCCACCAGAUCAUCAUCUGAAAGCUCCUGCUCCAGGCCAGGCUCGUGCACUCCAGGCAGUCCUGGUCGAACCAUCUGUGCAAAAGUUGAUAACGAGAUCAUUGAUUACCGAGACUUAGCAGCCAUUCCCAGAGUCAAGGCUAUAUAUGAUAUAGAGCAUCCUGAUAUGAUAUCUUAUAAGUCUGUGAACGGCAGCUCCUCUACUUUGGACAACAAGGGCAACAGACAGGACAGGCAAAGCCCUGCAGAGUCACCAGGAAACGUAUCUGAAACCACAGAGGAGAGUUUUGAAGUAAGAAAGUGCAUACCAAAAUCAUCAAGCCAUGGAUCUUUUCAUGCAAAGUACAAUCGUCACAGCUAUACUCCAAGUCUGUCCAGAUCACCGCAACACUUCCACCGACCAGGACUGAUGCUUUCACCCUCUCUAUCCUCUGGCAACAAUGACACAUGCCCCACUUCCCCUUUAUUUCAUCACUUUCUCCCUCACGCCAAAGCAGACGAAGGCUUCAACAUGUACAGGAGGCCUCCAAUUUAUAAACAACAAGAUCCAAAUUCCUCCACAUCCCAAACAACCUCUUUGCCUGGAUACGGUCGCAAUGGCCUCAAUCCGCCACGGUCAGCUGAUUUCUACCAUUACAGCAGCGACAGAUUCAGAGACUUUAAGCUCCAUGACGGUCAUCCAUUAGCACGAAUGGACAGAGGAGUUUCUAUGCCUAAUUUGUUGGAACCAAAAGUCUACCCAUAUGAACUGCUCGCCGUUAACAGUAGAGGACGAGUGAAGCUUCCCAAGGAUGUUGACAGAACGAGACUGGAGCGUCACCUAUCCCCGGAAUCAUUCUUUGAGAUCUUCGGCAUGGACUUUCAAGAAUUUGACUUACUUCCACUGUGGAAACGUAACGACAUGAAGAAGAGGGCGAAUCUCUUCUAAAAUCUGCCUAAUGCCUGUUGUGACUCGUUGAUAAUCUGCAGUAGGCUACAUGUCAAGUCCUGAUGACCCUCCAUGUUUAUUUCUUUGCAUUUUGACACAAAUUAGACUUUUUUUGUUUUGCCUCAAACUGGACACACUGUUUUGUUUCCCAGUUAAUUCUAUAGGCUACUGUGAUGAAUAAUGUUUAAAUGUGAUACCUCAAAGCAGAUAUGAACACGAGAACUCAACUUGCUAUACUCUUUGCUAAUAGAUAGCCAUUAUUAUUUUGUAUUUCUCAAGUCUCCCCAGAGAUUACAUUCAUAUUGGACAAUUCACCUGUGUGCAAUUUAUCUCCAUUCACCGUAAAUGCAACAGUUAGUGUGGUAUUUUUCAAGGCAUGCCCAAAAGUGAAGAGUAUAAAGAAGGUAAUCUUUGAUGCCAGAGACCAGAGAAGCUGACCUUUGUGACAUUCACCAGACAAUCUUUCCGUUACCCAUAACCUGAGCUUAACCUCUGGUUAAACUUUAAACGGUGUGCUGCUGUAAUGUUUUCACUCAACUCAUGGCGGAACCAGAGCAGCAAAAUGCUCAUAUUUCACUGAGAAGUGAUUGUGCAAAACACUGGAUCUUUAUCAAUGACAACGUUUUUGAGGGGAUUGAAUGUUUUUUGAAAUAAUUUAUUCUUAAAAUAUCUGCACAUGGCAGCGACAAGAUGGAUAAGGUUAGGCAAAUUAUGGAUGCAGCUUGAAGUUAAAUUACAAGAAUGGAUCAACAUUUAUGGGACAAGGUUGUAUUUUUCUGCUUGCCUUCUGAAAAUGAAAGAAUUCUUGAUUUCGGAUUUAUGGCAUUGAAGUCUGAGGUGUUGAUGUCCUGUUGUGUAGCUGGUAAAAGUGAGUUUGUCCUGAUUAAAAGCCUUUGUAGAUCAUUAUUAGUACCCCUUACCGAACAGUACGUCAUUAUACCUGAUGUAUGGUGCAGUGAUUGAAUACUGAAUGCAUUUGACCCCUGAUGUCGUUGUUACUCCUAUAUGAUAUCAUAUUUUUGUCACUCUUGACUCUCACUUCGUUGUCUCCAAAUGUCUGAGCACAAAACUGAAAAGAGUACAUGUUUAAGAACUGUACUUUUAUGUUGCUACAUUAUCCCUGAAAUGUUUGUUAUUGGAAACAUUUGAUGUUUUUCCCUGUGUUUUAUCUUUACACUGCUGUCCCAGCACACCACCUCCAGAGUCCUAAAUAAAACCUUGCACUUCUUACAA